UCCAUCAUGGAGGCUAAAUGUGUUGUCAAGUGAAGCUUUCGCAUGCUUGUUUAUUUCUGUAUUGUGAAGUGCCUUCAAAGAUUCAGAGUACAGAUGUAAAAUAUGUAUCAAUGGAUAAUUGUAAAUUAUGACAAUAGUUUUGGAUAAACACAGAUUAAGUUAAUUAAUAUGGGUAGCUUAGAUGCGACGUCAACCUCGCUGGCUGAGGACUUGCAGGAUUUGCAGCUCGAUAGACCCACCAAAGGUCUAAAGUCUGUUGAAGAACUCGAAAAAUUAACGGUUGACGAACAUUUGAGUGAUAUCGAGAGGGCAGUUUAUUUACUGAGUUCUGGACAAGAAGUACAAAGGAUAAGUGUAAUCCACAACCUGCCUGACUUACUCCGCGACACGGAAAGUCAUGACGAGUGUAUGCGACGCGUCGUCCCCAAAGUCAGGGAGGUGCUCCAUGUGGCCCAGACGGAGAUGCAGCUGGCCGCCUCCUCAGCUUUCCUGCAGAUUUUACAGAAGAACCUCGUUCCUAUCCAGAAUUACUCACAGACAUUCCUACAGACAAUCCUCAACAGUGUGGACAGCAAAGACCCAGAUGUGGCUUCUGCCUGGUUGGAUACCCUACUAGAUGUCAUUGAUCUCCUACCCAAAGAAGUCAUCAAAAAAGAGAUUCUGGGGUCCGCCAUUGCCAAGGGACAACUGGCGCAGUCAGUCCAGUCUAGAUUAGCCUGCUGUCGAAUUUUGGGCAAAAUAUCCACCAAAUUUGAACCAUUUGUAAUCAAGAAGGAGAUUCUGCCGGUCGUGCAGUCCCUGUGUCAGGACGUGGAUUACGAGGUCCGGGGCUGCAUGUGUCGACAGCUAGACUGCGUCGCCAGGGGGCUAGGGUCUGUAUCAAUAACGCAAAAAUGUGUGCUGGAUGCAGGUAAGAUGACCAGUCUGUGUGCUGCAGGUAAGAUGACCAGUCUGUGUGCUGGAUGCAGUUAUUCAGAAACUUGUGGUACCACAAUAAUCCCUCUUGUGUGUAAGAUCUGUCAGCAGGCAGUGCAGGCUGAAGACGCCACAUUACCCGUGGUAGCCACUCAGCUGGGCAAGUUGUGUCAUGGAAUUUCAGAUAAUUUGACAGAGGAACAGAAGCAGUGGUUUAUAGACUACUAUAAGAAGCUUUGUCAUGUGGGUUUAGAAAAGAACAAGGCAAGUAGUAGAGUGACCACGCCCGUAAGUGAAAAGGAUCGCAAUAAAGAAUCAGACUUGCCCGAUAUCUUUGAGCUGGAAGACAAAUUGGUGGAGUGUAGAAAAAACAGUGCAUUUAAUUUCCCUGCAAUGGUUUUAUUUACUGGUGCAAAACAGUUCAAGGCUGACCUUCAUGUGACCUUUAGUCAUCUCUGUAAGGAUCCCCACUUCAUAGUUCGGAAAACUAUCUCAAGCGGUUUUCACGAAGUAUGUAAGCUGCUAGGAAACAACGCACAACUGAUUCAGUCAGAUUUAGUGGCCUUGCUGAAGGAUGACUCAAUAGACGUACUAAAAGGUGUAGUGAGCAAUAUGCCGGCCAUUCUAGAUUGUUACAUGACCAGUGGCAGCAAUCACACAGUGAAUGAGUCUAAAUCUGGCCCCCUUUCCGAUAUCAUUCCAGCCUUUCUGGCGUCCGAGAAUGUGAUUUUUUCCUCCAAUAACUGGAGAUUACAGCAGGAGCUGAUGGAGAGCAUGGCUUGCCUGAUAAGGUGUUACUCCAGUGAAAACCUCUACAACAAAGUCAUUCCAAUCCUGAAACAAAAGCUCUGCAAAGCUAGGGCACUGCCAGUCAAGAUAGCAGCUGCUAGCUCUUUAUUGAAAUUGACAAGGAAGGUGAAGAAACGUGAACAAAGAGAAGAAAUAUUUCACGUCUUAAUUCAAGACUUUUGCCAUGCCAGGAAGUGUUAUCUUAGAAGUGUGUUUGUGGACAUCUGUAGUGUUGUGAUAGAACUGUACUCCAAGAAAUUCUUCAAGGAAACUUUCUUUGAAUAUCUUUUGGAAUUACACACUGACAGUGUGCCAAAUAUAAGACUACGUUUGUGUUCAAUUUUACCUGACUUAAAACGUUUACUAAUCCUUCCAACUGACCGAGGACUCUUACAGCAAUUAGACGCUUGUGUUCGCAAAUUAUUAGUUUCUGAAAAGGACAAGGACGUGUCUGAUGCUAUUCAAAAUGCUGUGGAGGAGUUAGACAAAAUUCACAUUCCAAUGCAAUCUAUGACAAGAAGAAACUUCUUUGAACAAGAUUUUGAAGAUCAAAAGAAAGAGGAGGAAGAAAAAAUACUGUUGGAGAAUGAGGAGAGAGAACUGAAGAAGGAGGAGGAAGCGGCGGAAAAGAAGAAGGGAGACAAACGCAAUCUAGUGUCCGCUAAAAAGGGCUCGGAAAACGGAUCCUCCAGUAAAAUACCUGCCCCACGGAAAGGUUCUCGAGCUGGCUUAUCGGGCUCAAAUUCCACUACAAAGAAGUUUUUAUAUCCGUCACAUAUUGCAACAGAAGAUGAGAAUAAACCAGUCACGCCCAACACAAAGGGGACGGGAACCAGUAAUAAUAGACUGGUCAAAUCUAAAUCCAUCAAUUGUAUUUCUCAAAUUCCAAGGCGAGAUUCUGAAGAUCUAGAUAGCAAGGAGUUGUCCAAGACUAAGAUCGUAUCAUCAUCCCCCUCCCCCGGGAAGACGCCAGGCAAUAAAGCUCAGGUGAACAGUAACACAUCCAAACUGCCAUCAAGAGACUCGAACGUAAACAAAAAGGGAGUCUCGUCUCCUAAACUCUCCCGACUGCCUCUGUACAACUCCAACCCAAAUCUCCACCAGGGACGGCCAUCUUCUCCCUCCCUCAUCCCCAUCAAAGCCUCCACCACUAGUACCACCAACAAGACGAGUAAGACUCGUGGGAGUGGGAUCCCCGCCCCUGGGAGCGCGGGAUUAAGACGAGCCUCUGUGCCCACUAUCUCUACCCACAGAAGAGGAUCUAUAGGGGGUCAGCUUAGCACCGAGGUGACUCCAAAAGCAAAAGGCAGUAAUGGUGCAUUGACUCCGUCCAUUAAAGAGAGGAAAAAAUCACGAUAAUCUGGUGCAGUAUGGGAGCAUCUGCAUCAAGAUGAAUCAUGGGAAACGUAUUGUUUCCAUAGUGACUGUGAUAGAACCAAUCAGAUUUCACCUGACAUUUGUGUAUUAUAUUGAUCCUGUUAAGUUUAUUGCCUAUACUGCUGAAAAACACUGUCAGGUUUUGUUUUGAUAAAAAGGAGAAAGUUAGAAUAAAGACAGCUUCUAAAUCGAGACAUCAGCCAUUGAAAUCAUUACUGUUAGCUGAUGAUGGUGGCAAAUCAUUAUGAUGGACAAGCACCACUUGAAAAGUGCCUGGCGGUAUAAGUACACGUAUAUGUCAUCCAAGAUGUGCAAGACUGGAAAACAUUCCAUUCUUUUUUUUUUUGUUAUUUUCAUAAUUUAUAGUCAUAUUAGCAAAAAAUGAUCACAAGUAUAAAUCAAAAUCCUGUGAUGUAUUCAUGUUGAUUUUGUACUGAAAAACUGUUGCAGGAUUUUUUUUGAAGACACUAGGGCUGUAUCAGUUGAAAUAAAUGGAACAUAGAUGAACUUUGAAAUGGCUGAUAUUCAGGUACAAAACUGAGUCAUUCCAGUAAUUUAAAGCUAAUUAAAAUUGACAAAAGUGCCUAGAUUGUUGAAAAUUUUAGUAAAUUUCAGUGAAGAUAUAAUAUUGCAAUCAUAUAAAAUUACUAUGUAGGUUAUUUGUCUCCAUGUAUGUUGCUACAUGUAUCAGCAGGUUUUCUGGGUGCAAUCAUUAGAUGAAAGUUAUAAAUCCAGAAAUACAUGUAUAAAGAAUUAAUUAAUUUAUAUGUAAUAUAAUUAAUGUAAAGUAAAUGGCAGAGAUAGUUACAAAAACCAUAUUGUUUUGUUACAUGAAAAUGAAGUUUAAAUUUAUUUUUUAGUAGAGCUAGAUUGUAAAAAUGCAUUAAAAAAAAUUAAUUCUCCAAAUUUUCAUUCCAUUAUUCUGAAGAUUUUUCUGUACCACAAUUUGAUUGUUUUAAACAGUGUUGAGAGGUGAAUGUUUAGUAAUGUUGAUGUAUUAGUGUUAUUGUUGAAUGAAAAAUUUUGUGCAAUUGGAAAUGAAGCAGACAUAAUUCCAUGUGUAUGUGUGUGUUUUACACAGUAUUUUUUUUUCUAGUGUUACAUGUUGAAAGACUGUGUUAUAUAAUGAAAGGGAGUUUAUUUUUGUUGAUUAAGAAACCUAGAUGUGCCUGUUGUGUAUGAAAUUUUAAAUAUUUUUACUCUUUAAAGUUGAGAUCAUUUUUAAUUCUUUAAAAGAAAGUUAUGAUAUGGUACAAUAGCUCACUUUAGAAGCCCAUAUAUUAAUUUAUACCCUGGCACCCACAUUUAAUUUUAGUACUAUAGAUACUCUCUUCUUUUGCUAACACUACAGUAUUUUGAAAAUAAAAAUUGCACUAUGGACAGCUAGUAGAAAAAAGGUCUUGUUAUACAUUUUUAUACAUGUAACAAUUCACUGUUAAACAAUUUAAUCUAUAUAUAUUUAUAGCUAAUGCAUACCUCGGACAUUCUUUCAUAUGAACAAGGUCUGUGUUUAUGCAGUGCUUUAGUUACAUCUGAUGCAAUAAAAACCUGAAGAGAUUGUUCCAAGUUUUAAUUAGUACCAAUCAUGUUACAAUGUUUUAUCAAAAGCACUGAUAGUUCAAAGGUCAACAGGAAGUAAAAGUUACAAAGAAUCAUUGAAUUGCCUCCCUUUAGCAAAAAUAAAAUGUUUUGACUUUUUAAGGGAAAGUAUGUAAAAGUGGUAGACAAGCAGACUAUCUGAUGUCAAAUUUUCCUUGUUAAUUGGGUUUGUUGAUUUUUAUUUUUGAAAUUAUGCUAGUAAUAAAUUUUGAAUUCAGGAUUUUCCUUCAAUAGUCUUGCCGUACAUAAAAUAAUUUUAAAGAAUUAAGUUACAUGAUUGUAUAAUCCUUUGGGUCAUGGCAAGGUCUUUUUUUACUUUUGAUAAAAUUAUAAUUUUGAAGAAAAAUAAUGCAAAAUAAUUUUACUGUUUCUUUCCUUGACAACAUGUGAUAAACAGACCAUGACACAUUUUCAUCAAAGUUGUAUUUCCUGUUUUUGACGUUGAUAAUUUGCAAUUGACUAAAACCUUGUUGUAGUCAAUGUCUGUGUAGAACUGCUGGUAUUGUACAAAUUAAAUCACUUAUAGAACUGUUUCUUUACUGUUGUAAAAUGUACUUGCAGUUAAACUAGUUCAAAAUAUUAAUAUUUUGAAAUUAAGAAAUGAACCACUAGAAUUUCCUCUGUAUUACUUAUCUGGUUAAAUUUUGAUAGAGCUGGUAGAAUUUAUACACCAGAUUCAGCUGUGAUUUCUGUUGCAUUAUUUGUGGAGAAGACAUAGGUGCUUCAGACCUUGUGGUUAUACUGAUAUCAUCACAUUACAAUGCAAUAUUAUUAAAUGACUCAACUGAU